AGAUAUGUAUCAUGGAAGUCUAAUUUCUGAAAAGAUUUCCGCGGGGCUCUCCGUGGAGCGGCCGCCGCUGAGGCCUGAAGCGCGCGGUGGGCACGCGGGGCCUCGGCACGAGCUGCCCGGCCGCAUCCACCGCGCCGGCCCUGUUUCGCGAGUGUCUUCGGGAGGUGUGAUCCGACAUACAGGGACUGCACCCUCUGAGUGCCGGCUCCUAAGCACGUCUGCAGGUUCUCGUUCCCCGGAGUCGCCAGAUCUGGCGCCCAGCACUUUCUGGCCCUUCCCCAACGUCCAAAUGCCCAUGGUGGCGAGCAUGUUGGAUCCGGUCUGGACGUAGAGGCAGUCAGGACGAUGCAGCUAGGAUGCACCGAGCCGUGAUGCCCCCAGGCUCCUCAGUUGUCCUCACUGGGUCGUACUCCAGGUUCAUCUGCCGAGGACGGCGGGUGUCACUGCAGCAUCUGUGUAGCAACAAACCAGCCCAGACAAGAUUAGAGAGGAGCAGGGAUACAGUUGAAACCAAACCACACACCCGGAGGGUAUGAUGGCUAAGAAGCCCCCGAAACCAGCCCCUCGAAGGAUCUUCCAAGAAAGAUUAAAGAUGACUGCUCUACCUUUGUACUUUGAAGGCUUUUUAUUAGUCAAGCGAUCAGAAUACCACGAGUAUAAACAUUAUUGGACAGAGUUGAGAGGAACUACCCUUUUCUUUUAUACUGACAAAAAAAGUACAAUAUAUGUUGACAAAUUAGACAUACUAAACUUCAUACGCCUUACUGAACAGAACUCAGCUGAAAAGAAUUGUGCAAACUUCACCCUUGUUUUGCCAAAAGAGGACGUGCACCUGAAGACAGAGAACACAGAGAGUGGGGAUGAAUGGAGAGGCUUCCUUCUUACAGUGAAAGAGCUCUCUGUGCCCCAACAUGUGUCACUUCUACCUGGGCAAGUGAUUAGACUACAUGAAGUCCUGGAGAAAGAAAAGAAAAGAAGGACUGAGAUAGAACAGCUGCCAGUUGCAUCUGUGGAAAAAGAGAAGGAACCAAUUGAAGAACAUAGGGAUGCAUUCAACCCUAUGCCAGUAUGUUUUUAUACAGUUUCCCGGAAAGAAGCAACCGAGAUGUUGGAGAAGAAUCCUUCCUUGGGAAAUAUGAUCCUGAGACCUGGUAGUGACAGUAGAAACUAUUCCAUCACUAUCCGACAGGAGACAGACAUGCCAAGAAUCAAGCACUACAAAGUAGUGAACACAGGAGAAAACUACACAAUCGAACUGGAAAAACCUGUCACGCUCCCAAGCCUUUUCAGUGUCAUUGAUUAUUUCGUGAAGGAGACUCGAGGAAACUUACGACCAUUUAUUUAUUCCACUGAUGAUAACUUCGGUCAAGAACUCAACACUGAAGGAAAAAAUGAGAAGUUGAAGAAAAAGCCAUACGUUGCAUGAAAUAAAGUGUGGAAAACUGCCUUCAUGUAUUUUAGUAAUUUGUAUUUUCAAAAGGAGUAUCUCACUUUUCAGAGAAUUACCUCCCAUUCCUGAUCCUGAUUCCCAAGUCAUUUAUUUGUACCCUAAUAAAAAAUGUAGCAUGCAAUUUCCUUUAUUGAUUAGAAUGAAACCAACUCACUGCGAAAGCACAAGCUAUGACUAUGCUGUCACUUGUUCAUCUAUGCUUUCUCAUGCACUGCUGUACAUUAACAUAUGUUAUUUUCUAAAAUUUGUUCUUCUAGGCUUCAGUUAAAUACAUUUCCCCUAUACAAUUUUCACAGCAGAUUUUCUCCUAAAUCCAACCAAUUAAAAACUCACUAGGAGUUCAUUAAAAUCUGAUCUGAUCAAUUUAUAAAAUGUAAGCCACUUAUUUACCUACAAACCAAAAAUAUGGAAUGUAAAAGCCCUUUUUCAAUAGAACGAUUACAUGCCAUAGUUUGUCACUGAGAAUAAAUAAAAUGUGUUCAUUUCUGUCUUCUC